ACGAAUCAGUUAUACUAUUGCGGUCUGAAUGAAGAGCACCGAAAACUGGUGACAACUGAACCCCAAGAGGUGGCCAUCAGAUUGUAUCAAAAGAAAUACUUCAAUAACUACGACACCAAUGAUAAGAGCGAAAGACUCAGCGAUACUAUUAUAGCACUCAUUACUUCCCACCAGAAUUUGGGACCAAAAAUAUACGGUCUCUUCGAAAGCGGACAAAUCAUGGCUUACUAUCAACAUAGAGUGUUUUCCAGCGAAGAUGAAAGAGACGUCCAAAUGGUGACGAAGUUGGCCCACAAGUUGGCGGCAAUUCAUAGCCUGGAAGUGCCCCUAAAGUUGAGCCACAAUUGGAUAGCCGACUCAUACGACCACUUCUUUCACUUAUCUAAACAGAGGUUUGACUUAAACUCAAUGUUUAAUGAAUACGAUUUGGAAACUUUGAAAACACAUGAUUUGAGUGAAGAGAUACAGUGGAUGAAAGAGCUUAUACUAGCAACUGAUUCCCCGGUGACUUUUGCUCACAACGACUUCAGUGAGAAUAAUAUUAUGGUCACCAAAUCCAAUGAUAUAGUGGUUUGCGAUUACGAGUACUCAUGUCGUGGUUAUCGUGGCUAUGAUUUCGGUUCCCUUUUAUUGGUUUGGCGAAGAAAUGCGUGUGAAAUACGUAAACCUCAUGAGUUUCCCGACGAUCACACUCUCAGACAAUUGAUUGAACCAUAUAUUGAAGAGUCGGUUAAACUGAAUGGAAAUGAGUUUCUAAAAGACAAACGAAAUUCUGUUGAAAGCAUGUUAAGAGAAGUGAAAGUUUUUACUGUAGGAAUGACGGACUCAAAAGAAAUUAAUACCGAUUUCUCUUCAGUCAAGUGGGAGAGGGGUCAGACACCUGACAAUAUCAAAGAUAGAUGUUUUCAUUUGUGUCGCGACUAUUUGGGAGACGUUUGGCUCAACGUAACCAUCGAUGACAUCGAAGUAAAGCGAUUGAGCGGUGGUCUCACGAAUCAGUUAUACUAUUGUGCUCUCAAUGAAGACCAUAGAAAUACUGAUGAGGAAGUACCACAAGAG